UGCUGUAGUGGUGCGUACCAGGUACUGGAUUUCUAAUGCACACAGGGCUGGCGGAAACGCUUGCGAAAACGAGAAGAAGAGGCAGCGUGAAGGUCAUCCAUCCUUUCUCAACGAGAAACUCGUUUUUCGAAAAUUGGAAGCAGCGGAUCAGCCUGGACUACGGGUUUCAACUCCUGUUCCGCUGGGCUUCAAGAUCGCCUUGUCAUGCGCGACCGCAAACUACGAGUAAUGUCGUCUACCGCUGGCGCCGAUGGCAAGAAGGCGAUCCAGUGCCGUCUUC